AUGAAACUCACACUGACCGGAAUUUACAACACUAGGCAGCUGCAAAUAGUUGUCAUCAAUAGUGUUCUUGUGGUGCUAUCAGUUACCGCGGUUCUCUUGCGGUUCUGGGCACGACAUUUACAAAGGCUGAGACCCUUUCCAGAGGACUAUCUGAUAGCUGUUACUUGGGCCCUGGCUCUAGGCGUGAAUAUCCUCCUCUUUCAAAGUCUUCACGCCGGUGUGGGAGAGCAUGUUGAUACUCUCACGAAUGCGACCGUGGAAGAAUAUUCCCUAAACCUAUAUGUUAUGCAGUUGUUCUGGAACACCUGCCUUCCCACGAUCAAACUCUCCAUUUCUCUAUUCUAUCAGCGCAUAUUCCCCGUGAGAUCCAUGAUGAUCGCUUGUCGCUCCGUCAUUGUCUUCCUAUUUGCUUGGUACCUCGCAUUCCAAACCACCGCCAUAUUUCAGUGCAUACCAAUCCACCACGGAUGGCAAAAGAAAAUAACAGAGGGCCGAUGUAUUGACUUUGUUCCUUUUGUGAUCUCAUUGGCCGCGACAAACCUGUGUACUGAUGUACUGCUUCUGGCCCUGCCAACUCGUGAAAUCUGGAAGCUUCAGGUUCCUCGGGGAAAGAAAAUUGGCUUGUCAGUCAUCUUUACCUUGGGAGUAAUGUGUGUUCUCCCUUGCCCUUUCUCUUCACUUUCGCGUGCUCUUUUGUCCAGCGUGUGCGUGGUUUCGGUUUUUCGGCUAGAAAAUCUUAUCGCGAUCAGGAAUGCUGACAUCACGUGGUCCGAUACGUAUUCCCAUCUAUGGACUGCAAUCGAAAGCAGCUUGGGGGUGGUUGUGGCUUGUCUCCCCAGUCUGAUGCCUAUUGUCCGGCUGAUUCGCAAUGGGAAAACUGGAAGGGGGCAACCCGGCAGAGCCCAUUCGAGUUCUCGUCGGGAGUCGUCUUUUUACCCUGUACAUAUGCAAGGAUCUUACGAGCUGUCGCAAAUGUCCAAUCGCAAUGAUUCAGGGCCGGGUCGGACACGGCUCCGCGCCGGGAGCAGUGAUUCGGCCUUAAUCGCAAAAGAUGUGGGUGAAAUUGAUAUCAGCACAGAAAUCACGCAGCAGGUGGAUCGCAGUCUGAGCUAA